ACAUGAAAGCGCCUGGUGCUAAAAAUAGAUCACCUCGCGCGAUGCAUUCUGGGACGUGGUAUAAAACGCAACUCUCCCGCCGACACCUUCACAGUCAAUGGUGGACAGUGGUACAGAGAACUUCUUCAAUUGACAAAAGUAGAAAUACAGGAAUGCUUACCGUGGAGCCUGGGAUUUGGGCCUCCAUUUUCAACCAGUCGGAUCUAGAUCUGACAACUUACAUCAAUCCACAGCCUGACUGCGAGAACGCCUUGUUUCCGAAGACUCUGAUCGAUGAACCAUACCAGGACCUCUCGGUCGACGCAGUCGAUGAUCUGCUUCGAUCUCUGGCAGGGGACAGCGCCACGACCCCGCCCCCGAGUGAAAGCGAUGUUCUCUUGCCAGAGGAACCAACGACCUUAAUCCCAACCCCCGUGUUUGAUUCCACCCCUCCAUCCACCCCGAAGCCGCAGGAUGAGCUUGAUAGGGAGGAAAUCCUUGUUCCUCGUCACAAGAGACCCGCCCAUAAACGGGCGGAGGUGAAGCGUCGUGGAAAGAUAAAGACCAACUUAGAUGACCUCCGCGACCUUCUCCCGCCAAUCCACAACCAGCGGAAAAGCGAGUCCCUAAUUUUAUCAAGAGCGACCGACCAUUGUCGCCAGUUGAAGGCCGAGAGAGCUCGUGUCGAGGAGGAGAAGUCGAAACUUCGGGCUGAGAUAGCCGCCUUGACCGCAGAGAUAGACUCGUUCCAGAAGGAUCUCCCAGCGAUGGGCCUGAAGGCUGACGGCGGUGUCGUCAAGACCAAGUCAAUGGAUAACAUGUAUAAAGAAUACGUUGAGGAUCGCACGAGGGGAAACUGGAAAUUCUGGAUCUUCAGCUUCAUGAUGAGACCUUUAUUUGAGACCUACACAACGGGAGUCUCUACCUCAACCUUACAGUCCUUCAUGUCCUCCGUCAGUCAGUGGACGGAGGAUACCCUGGGACUCGCCAAUCUCAGAUCUGUGAUAACGCGCGGUGUUCUGCGUAUCAGCAAGGAAACCAGUAUACUUACAAAACCGGAAACGCUACAACAGGAAGCUGCCCAGUCAACAGAAAGCUCAGUUUCAUAGUAUCGUCUUUCCUCGGGGUACUUCUCGAGAACUGUAAAUACUAUUUUAUGAAUAUGUAAAUGGUUUCGUAAAAGACUUCGAGAGGCAGCAAAUACUCAAGUCGUGUUCUCAUCUCAUCACCCACCAUUCCCACAUAUAGAAUCACAGACCUGCAUUUAACAACCGAGACUUGCCACAAUUGUCGAUGUUUGUCACAUGACGUUAUGUUUUCUGUAUUUUAAGCCCUUGAACAUAUUUAAAAGAAAUUCUCAUCACCUUUCCGGUGAAGCAGUUUAAAUGAUUGAUGUUUUCCUGGGCGAUCAAUGUCUUGUCACCAUGUCUGGUAAAAACAAUCCGGUUUUAGUGUUAUUUCUACGAAUUAAUUGGUUGUCCGGAUUUUAUCUUUUCAUUUCAAAAGGAAGAAUGUUAAGUGAGCUUUCCAUGAGACAUGUUAUUUCUUUUUCAAGGGCCAAACAUUUUGAGGGUAAACUUCCAUUUCAAGUCAAAUUUGCAAAUUCUCAAAUGAAAUCGGUAAAUGUCGAGGUUUGGAGACGUCUUUGAGGCAUGUGUAUGCGCGUAAUAUCAAUAAUAUAUGUUUGUUCAAUUUGAAAUGUAAAUAUUCAUGUCUCGUGGAUUUUCAGAGCAAAAAGGCUGUUUUUCGUCAUUAAUCCCGAGUGAAUAUUCUUUCUAUUUAAGUUUGUUUUUUUUUAAAUAUUUUGUUUUUGUAUUUUGACAGCUUGGACAGUAACCAGUAAAACUUCGCGGUAUUCGUAUAUUUUCAAGGAACAUUUUUAAUAUAGACCUUGUUUACGUAUUUGUUACAUCGACUUCUAUGACAAUAAAGAAUAUUUUUUAUUAAUGUUAUUCCAUUGGAUCCUUAAUGAACUACCUGUACUGUUCUCAAGGAAGUAUCUUGUAUAAUGUGAUGCUAGACAUUCGAAUACUGCUCAGUUUGGAUGGUUUAGCAACAAUGUGUCUGUGUAUAUUUGUCAGCAACGUUGUGACAAGUGACAAGCAUAACUACUGUCAGCUGAUGUACAGUGUUGAUGUGUAUUGCUAGUCCGUUUGUCUGAAUAAAGACAAGUAUUCAAAUAAACAAAAUACUUUU